CGGCCCGUCUCAAUUCUCAUCCAUCUGACAUGGAAGUUGGAAUGAUCGAAGAUCAUCGUUUAUUCUCUGAUCGCAGAAAGCAAGAUCAAUCACGACGCUGGUUGGAGCGCAAUAAUCUGUAUGAAAUUCAUUGACUUGCUAGUCACCAUCAUCGACUGAUUCAUUGAGCUAUGGCUGCUCCAUCGUCGUCGGCGACGAACAUCAUGCUCGCAAUCUACGAGAAGAAAACCGUCGCGGUCGAUCUCUACCGCCCUCUCCGCAACUACAUAGUCUUCAAUUACUCCGAACGCGAGGCUCAGAAUUUAGAAGACGACCUCGAAACCCUAAAGGAGAUGCGGAACAACAUUGAACGCUUCUCUGCCGCUGAUUCCCUCUCUACCCGUCGCGACCUCCUCCAGAACUACAUCAAAGCCCUAACCACUGUUGAAUCGAGGUUUCCAAUCUCUCCUGACAAGGAUCAUGUGAACUCUGUGACCUUCACGUGGUAUGAUGCGUUUAAGAACAGGAACAAGGCGUCGCAACAGAAUAUUCACUUGGAGAAGGCCGCGAUUUUGUUUAAUUUGGGCGCGGUGCACAGUCAGAUCGGAUUGGCUUGUGAUCGUUCGACGGUGGAAGGGAGACGACAAGCGUCGCACUCGUUUAUAGCAGCCGCGGGUGCGUUUGCUUACUUGAGGGAUAAUGCGGCAACAAAGGCGUCAAUUGGUAAUUCAACUACUGUGGAUGUUUCAAUGGAGUGUGCGGGGAUGUUGGAGAGGUUGAUGCUUGCUCAAGCGCAGGAAUGUGUAUUUGAGAACACAAUUGCUAAAGGAAGCACUCCUGGGGUUUGUGCCAAGAUUUCAAGACAGGCGGGUCUCUACUAUGAGGAAGCAGUAGCUGCACUAAAUGUCACACCACUCAAUCAACACUUCGACAAGACAUGGAUCUCUCACAUUCAGCUAAAGGCAACUCUGUUCUAUGCAGAAGCUUGUUACAGGUAUAGCCUAGAGCUUCAUGAAAAAGAAGAAAUCGGUGAAGAAAUAGCACGAAUCAACAGUGGCAUCACUGCAUUAUCCGAAGCCAAGAAGUCAUAUCCAAGGGGUACUUCACAACAAAUCCUCGAUUCAAUCAACAAGCUAGAAACCAAACUCAACAUCAAUUUAGAUAGGGCAAUGAAAGAGAACGACAGAGUCUAUCUUUUAAGAGUACCUCCAGUUAACUCUCUCCCCCCUCUUCCUGCAUUCUCAUUGGUCAAAUCAAUGAACAUGAACGACGUAUUGGAUGCAAGUAAAGUAAAGAUGUUUGCUACUCUUGUACCUGACAAUAGUGCAAAGGCUCUUUCUAGAUACACUGAAAUGGUGGAUGAUGUCAUCAGAACUCAAGCUGAGAAACUCCAACAAGGGAGUGAGCUUGCUAGAGUCCACCUCAAAGAGAUGAGUUUACCUGAUUCGAUUCUUGCAUUAGAAGGACAUUCUGUGUUGCCACCAGCUUUAUGGGAAGAUGUGGAAGCGGUGCAAGUUAGCGGAGGUCCAACUGGCUUACAAGAAGAUGGACAAUUUAGAAACCAAAUUGGGACACGAUGGACUAGACCUCAGUCAAAUACUUUGACUAAGAAUUUACAAGAUCGAUUAAAUGGAUUUGCUGCAAAUCUGAAGCAAGCUGCAGAUAGUGAUGGAAAAAUUGAUCGAUCUGUAAGGCAACACAUGGCACUCAUGGCUAUUCUAGAUACUCGUCCAAUAGAAUCUGCCCUUCCAAGUUUGGGAAGACCAAUAAUGUCUUUGGAUGCCAAUGAAGAUGCUGUAGUAGGGGCCCUGAAGCAGAGCUUGAGGCAAUUAGAGGCAUUGGGUGCACAAAGGGCAGGUCUAGAGGACAUGCUUAAAGAUAUGAAGACAAAGGAUGAUAUACUCCCCAAAGCUCAAGAGCAGUUAUUGCUUCAUAUUCAGGCACAAAACAACCAGUUUGCAAGCACCUUUAACAUUGAGGACUACACGGCUUCUUUUGAGAAGUGUUAUAAGCAGAUUGAAGGUGCUAUAGCCAAGUAUAGAGAAAUCAAAGAGAAUAUCAAUGAAGGACUGAAGUUUUAUGUUACUCUUCAGGAAGCAAUCAGCAACAUAAAACAACAAGCAAGUGACUUUGCUAUGACGCGAAGCAUGCAGUGUCGUGAAAUGGUGGAAGACGUCCAAAGACAAAUAUCCGGUCUCAGUGUUCAACCACCUUACUACCACCAACCACCACCACAACCAGGAGGCGGCGGCGGCGGUGGUGGUGGUGGUGGUGUUGGUGGGGGGUAUCUUUACCCCCCUCAACCGACCCAACAACCGGGUCCAAGUGGACCCCAGUAUGGCCCCUCAGCAUCAGCCAACGAAUUUGUUAAAUCGGUGUUCGUGUUUGGUGACUCCCUUUUUGAUCCAGGUAACAACCCUUUUGUCAAGAACUGCACUGCUCAAGCAAAUUUUCCACCAUACGGUUCAAAUUUCUUUGGCCAACCCACUGGACGCUUCACCAAUGGUCGAACUGUCGCAGAUUUUAUUGCACAAUUUUUGGGGAUUGAGCUCCAAAAACCAUUCCAAGAGGUAUAUCAAGAGUUCACAAACGGCAGUCGGAAAGAUUUUCCGGCCAAUGGAAUCAACUUCGCCAGCGGUGGAAGUGGAGUUUUGCCGUAUACAAACAAGAAUGUAGGGGUAACACCAAUCCAAGUACAACUACAGCAACUCCAAACCCUAAUUGAUGAAAACCGCUUACACAAAACCCUAAUUUCAAACUCUCUAUUCUUCCUCGAAUCAGACAACAUGUUGAAAGAAGUUUCCCACUUCCUUGACAAAAUAUAUGAGGUUGGAGCUCGUAGGAUCGCCAUUUUCUCAGUAGGCCCCAUGGGGUGUAUUCCUGCUAAAGUUCUUCUACCAGAUGCACAUAUUGACCAAUGUUUAGAUAAGAUAAACAACGUUGUGAAAGACUAUAAUAAGGGAUUGGAAGAUAUGGUAAACGAUAUACCUAGAAAGUAUCGUGAUGCAAUUAGUGUUUAUGGACUAGUGUAUAACAUUACACAAGAUAUACGUGCUAACCCUGGAUCUUAUGGUUUUGUCAAUGUAUAUAAGGCGUGUUGUGGGGGCGGGCCUCUAAACGGAAUAUUGCAAUGUGGGACCGACGGUUAUGAUAAGUGUUCAAAUCCUUAUGACUUCUUUUUUUGGGAUUAUUUUCAUCCUUCAGAACAUACUUAUAAGCUCAUGUCCGAGUCCCUUUGGAAUGGAGGUAAUAAUCAAAUCAGACCAAUGAAUCUGAAGAGUUUGGCCAAUAUCAACUAGUCAUUAACUUAGAUAAAGAUUUAUUUAUAUAAAUGGAUUAAUUAAAGUCUUUGCAUAUAUAAUGUAUUGUUGUAAUUGGCAUUUAAGAGUUGAUAGUUACUGAAUAAGUUUAUGUUUGAGAUGGUGGAUUGUGUUUUUAAUUUACUAUUUUACUAAUGGGAAUGCAAAUA